AUGGCUUCAGCCGCCGCCGCCGAGGAGGAGGCGACUCUCGAGGCGCUCGCGUACACGCUCAUCCGCAUCACGUCUCUGCUGCUGCUCGGCUACGUCUCCGCACGGCACCUCCUGCCACCCGGCGCGCAGAGCGGCAUCAGCGCCUUUGUCGGCACCCUCGCGCUUCCUGCGCUGCUCUUCUCCUCCAUCGCCAUUCUGCAGUGGGAUGCCGUCGACUGGACCAUCGUGGCCGCAGUCAUGCUCGCCAAGGCACUGACCCUCGCCUGCUGCGUCGGCGUCGGCGUGCUGAUCACCCCUCGCCCCGCAAACGCCGGGGCCGAGAUCCUCAACGGCGCCGUGCUUGCUCUCCUCGCCGUCUCUUCGGACGACCUCGGGCUCGGUCUCCCCGUGAUGAGCGCGCUCUACGGCCGCGGCUCGCGCUACGUGAGCCAGCUGUUCGUCAUCGUGCCGCUGCACAACCUGCUCGUCAACCCCGCCCUGCUCUCGCUCCUCGCGCUCGGCUGUGCACAGCGCUCCUCGGCCGGAGGAGGCCGCGCCGAGCUCGGCCCCAUCCUGCGGGGCGUGCUGCGCGGGCUCGCCGGCAACCCGCUCGUCCUCGCCGUCCUCGCCGGCCUCGCCACCAACCUCGCAGGCGACACCACGCCCAACCUCCCACUCCACCUCGCCCUCGACCGCUCCACCACCCACUCCACCUCGGUUUCCACCUCCCGCGAGGAGAGGCGCGACCCGAGAUGCGAGGAGCCUGCUCGGAACAUUCUCGGAACCUUCUCGGAGCUUUCUGACAGGCGUGGCGAGGAGGGGGCACGCGCCGACGGCGCUGCCGAGGGCGCUGGCGGAGGCGACGCCUACCCCGCCACGGUGCUCGUGCUCGCGGGCAUGGCCUCGGCGCUCGCCGUCCUGCUCAAGUGCGCCGUCUUCCCGCUGGCGACGCGCACGCUCGCCCUCGCCCUCGGCCCGCUCGUGUCCGGAGCCGCGACGCCGACGGCGACGACCCGCCUCGCCCGCUCGCCGAGGAGUGGCGCGGAGACGCUCGACUUUGCCUUCCUCUACGGCACUCUCGCCACCUCCAACGUCGCGCUCGUCAUCGCCUCCUGCUACGAGCUCGCGCCAAAGGCCCAUAUCUCCCCAUAUCUCCCCAUAUCUCCCCAUAUCUCCUGCUACGAGCUCGCGCCAAAGGCCCGCAGCCGCUUCCCGCUCCUCCUCGUGUCCGCCGCCGUCUACCAGCUCUCCUCGCCCGCCAGCGCGAUCGCCGUCUCCACCAACCUCGAGCGAGCGACGCACGGCAUCUCGCUCCUCUCCUGCGCCAUGGUGCUCGCCGGCGGAACGCUGCAGGGCGCGUGGCGGCCACCUGCCCCCGCGGGCGUGCGCAGGCAAGGCGGCGCUCCGAGCUCGACGGCGACGCUCCGGCGGGUGGGCGUGCUGGCGGCGCUGCAGCUCUGCUGGUCCACAGCGAUGCUCUGCGUGAGCGCGGAUCGCCUCCGCGCCGCCGCACCGGCCGAAGCGAAGGUGCUCUUCGCCCUCAUCUCGAGUCUGCGGUGGGCCGUCGACUCCUUCCUCGUCGCGGUCGCCGUCGCGCCGCGCCUCAGUUGCCGGGCGCAGCUGCUGGCCGCCGCUGCCGUCGCAGCCGCCGCCACGGCGCCGGUGAUCGCGGCGUGGCCUGCGGUGUGGCGCGAGGCUGCGCUGCCGCAGUGGGUGCUCAGCGAGGGACACGCGUCGGCGUGCGCUGUCGCCUACCUCGCCUUCGCCCUCGCCCUCGCCGCCGCGAGCUCGCGGUCGCUCGCGCGGGCUCGCGCCGUCUCCUCUGCGAGGCGGCGGGUGGCAGUCGCCAUCCACGCGACCACUGCGCUGCGGGCGGCAGGCCGCCAGUACCAGCAGCAGGAGGACGAGCCGCAGCAGCAGCCCGCCGACGAGUCGCCGCGCCCGAAGCCGAGCUUCCUCAAGUCCGUGAGCAAUUUGGGCGCGGCCCUGAGCCGCAGUCUGGACACGCGGCUCGGCGAGCUGUCCUUCACUCCGGCGGACGCGGCCAGUGCUGGCGCCGCGGAGGAGCCCGCGCCGGGUCGUAAGCCGCACCAGCUGAAGCCGCACCCCGACUCCUCGACUACUACGCCGCCGCCGUCGCCGCCGACAUCGCCGCCGCUGUCGCCGCCGACAUCGCCGCCGCCGUCGCCGCCGAUAUCGCCGCCCGCGCCUGCAGAGCUCCCGAACAGCGACGGAGCGAAGCCCCCGCCGGGGAGGGGCACCUGCGUCCGCGAUGACGACGCGCUUGCGACGAGCCCGGCGGAUAUAUCUAGCGUCGCCGCGGUGCGUGUGCAAAAGCUGAUUCGCGGGCGUGUCGGCCGCCAUCGUUCCUUCAAGGUGCAGCAGGCGAGUGCCGACGGCCUGGCGCUGCGGCUGAGAAUGCUCACGAUUCUCUCGAUGGUGCGCUUCGCCGCGCAAGCGGCUGUGCUCUCGGCGACCACCCACCCGGCCUCGACGGACUCCGGCGCCGCCCUCCUCUUCGCCUCGCUCAUGCUCGUCGACGGGCAGGGCGGCAUCACCUUCCUCUUAUUCGGGCUCACGCCCCGUCUCAACGCAGUCGGCCCCCUGCUACAAAAGUGCUUGGGGCGCCUGCACGCGGUGAAUCCGUACAGCUCUCGCAUGAGCUCUCGCUCCUGCUCGGCGGAGCUGCCCAGUGACGUCCGGAGGAGGGCGAAGGUGACGGCGCGUCGCUCGAUGCUUUAUGCUUAGGCCGUAGCCCAAGCCGUCAAUAGCAUUUGGGUCGGAAGCGACUGAUGAACUGUGAGAGUCGUGGUUUUCGAAAAU